AUGUCGACGGCGGGGUGCAUGAAGUUUGAGCGCAAGCGCAAGCGUGAGGUGUUGUUGUUCGACUGCGACUGCUUCAAGCUCAAGAUCCCUCCACUCAGCUGUUUCCAUCUGUCAGCCUCAAGUUUCAAGUUGCCAACCACUCUUCAGUCUUCCCUUUCCGUCUGCCGGCGCUCGUCUGCCUCAAGUCUCCAGUCUGUCACCUUCAAGUCUAGAUCUCGCGCCACUAUCGCCAUCCGUCCUCGUCCUGUAAUCCAUCCAGCUAUCUCAGCAUGCUCCUCCCAUAACCCGAUUGACAUCGACAUCUGUACAUCCCUCCUCAACAUCUCUUCAAGUUCGUCCCCUGCACCCUCCAACGAUCGCAGCUCGCUCGCUCGCUCCCAACUCGCACCGGCACCUCUCCUCAAAAUCCAGCUCCUUCCCGUUGCCAGCCCCAGACCGAACGUACUCCUUUACAUUUUUUUCUUGCUCAUGAACAGUGUCCAGCUCCGCGCGUAUACAACACCCUCGGCUUUCCUCGACCUCUCUUGA